CCGCCCUAGCACAGAUCAGUUCACCGUAACACACACAGGAGGCAAACAGGUCACCAGCAAUGGAAACUCUCAAGGAUGCCUUCACCGACAUGGACACAUCACAGAAAGUAUUGUAUGCUGUCGGAGGCGUUGUCGUAGCCGUCGUAUCGGUCGUCGCCCUGAGGAAACUAUUUUUCAAAGAGGUAAAGAAGGACUAUCCCCGAGACACGGUGAUCCUCCGUCAGAUCGGUAGAGCUCCCUAUGCCCCCAGCUUGACGCCAUUUGCUGUGAAGCUGGAGACCUACCUCCGGAUGGCCAGGAUACCCUACCAGAACGUCCAUGGGAUGGAGCCUUCAUCAAAGGGCAAAUUCCCCUGGAUGGAGUACAAUGGACAGGAGGUAGCGGACACGACACUGUGUAUCAACUUCCUCAACCAGAAGCUGGGGGUGGACCUCAACAGGAAUCUGAGUCCUGCUGACAGAGGUGUAGCUCAGGCGAUGCAGGUCAUGGUGGAGGAACAUCUGUACUGGUUCCUUGUCCUCUUCCGAUGGCAAUAUGACAACGACAAAUCUUUCAUUAUGGAUGCAUUUAAAAUAGGGAAGUUUAUCUUCUGGAUGUUUCGACGACAACUUAAAAAGCAGACAUGGAGUCAAGGCUUGGGGCGACACACAGAAGAGGAAAUAACGGAGAUGUUUAAGAAGGAUCUACAAUCUCUGUCCGACUUCAUAGGGACGAAGAAGUUCCUGAUGGGGAACGAGCCCUGUGAGGCUGACUGCGCGGUGUUCGGUCAGCUGUCACAGGCCUACUGGCAGUUCAUAGGAACUGGGCACGAUACCAUCAUUAAGGACAAAUACCCCAACCUUGCCGCCUACUGUGAACGUAUGAAGGACACAUUCUGGCCCGACUGGGACCAGUGCAUCACACACGGUGGAACAAGGGAGGCAACCAAGUAGUAACUGUUCCACAGAGCUUUAAUGGUUGUGUUGGCAUAAUAUGUAUUACGUAUUAGCUGUACACAAGGUAUAUAAUUGUAUGUCUGUUUGUUUGUUUGUUGUUUAACGCCACACUCAGCAAUAUUCCAACUGUAUGACAGCGGUCUGUAAAUAAUGGAGUCUGGACCAGACAAUCCAGUGAUUGACAACAUGA